GUAUUUCUAGCUAUCUCGCUACCAGCCACAUUGUAACUUGCGCCUAAAAAGGGACCAGGCCCGGUUUGUAACGCACUCCAAGAUUGGUCCGACGGGCCGACCAAUGAAAAACGGUGUUACAUUUCGGGAUAUAGUAUCAGACAUUUAUAUUUGUGGUAACAUACAAUUUCUCGUUCAGAUCGCCUUUCGAACGAAGGCUCUAGGGCUAAUUAACGUGUCUCGAUAGCCCCAUAAAGUCCGUACGCCAUGCCUAAACCCGCUAAACAAGAGGGAGAUGAUCCCGAUCCAGCUCCAUACUUGUUCGUUUCACUUGAACAGAAACGUAUCGAUCAGACCAAGCCCUAUGACGCCAAAAAAGCAUGCUGGGUACCGGACGACAAGGAAGGCUUCUUGCUUGGAGAAAUCAAAGGAACCAAAGGUGACCUCGUCUCUGUUGGUCUUCCUGGAGGAGAGGAAAAAAGUUUUAAAAAAGAAAAUGUCCACCAAGUCAAUCCUCCAAAAUACGAAAAAGUCGAAGACAUGGCUGACUUAACCUAUCUCAACGAUGCUGCUGUUUUACAUAAUUUGAAACAACGUUACUACGCUAAACUCAUUUACACAUAUUCAGGUCUUUUCUGUGUCGCUAUUAAUCCUUACAAGCGUUUCCCCGUAUACACCAACCGUUGUGCAAAAUUGUACCGUGGUAAGAGGCGUAAUGAAGUACCUCCCCACAUUUUCGCCAUUUCUGAUGGAGCUUACGUCAACAUGUUAACCAACCACGAAAAUCAAUCUAUGUUGAUUACUGGAGAGUCUGGUGCUGGUAAGACUGAAAACACGAAGAAAGUAAUUGCUUAUUUCGCCACCGUUGGUGCUUCAUCCAAGAAAGAUGCUGAACCAAAGAAGAGUAACUUGGAAGAUCAAGUCGUACAAACUAACCCUGUACUUGAAGCCUUUGGUAACGCCAAGACCGUCCGUAACGAUAACUCCUCCCGUUUCGGUAAAUUCAUCCGUAUUCAUUUCGGUCCAACUGGUAAACUGGCUGGUGCUGACAUUGAAACUUAUCUGCUGGAAAAGGCUCGUGUCAUCUCUCAACAGCCUUUGGAAAGAUCCUACCACAUUUUCUACCAGAUUAUGUCUGGUGCUGUAGCUGGAGUUAAAGAAAAUUGUUGCCUGUCAAACGAUAUCUAUGAUUACGUCAAUGUAUCCCAAGGAAAAACUACAAUUCCGAAUGUAAAUGACGCUGAAGAAUUUUCUUUGACAGACGAAGCCUUCGAUAUUCUUGGUUUCACCCAAGAAGAGAAGGACAACGUCUACAAGAUCACUGCCGCUGUAAUGCACAUGGGUUGCAUGAAGUUCAAACAAAGAGGUCGCGAAGAACAAGCUGAAGCUGAUGGUACCGAGGAAGGUGAGCGCGUCAGUAAGCUUUUGGGAGUUGAGGCUCCUGCUCUCUACCAAGCCCUUGUCAAACCAAGAAUCAAGGUCGGUAACGAAUUCGUCACCCAAGGUCGUAAUGUCAACCAAGUAUCUUACUCCGUUGGUGCCAUGUCAAAGGCCAUGUUCGACAGAUUGUUCAAAUUCUUGGUCAAGAAAUGUAACGAAACCCUGGACACUAAACAAAAGAGACAGCAUUUCAUUGGUGUACUGGAUAUUGCUGGUUUUGAAAUUUUUGACUUCAACGGUUUUGAACAACUGUGUAUUAACUUUACCAACGAAAAAUUGCAACAAUUCUUUAACCACCACAUGUUCGUACUCGAACAAGAAGAGUACAAAACUGAGGGUAUUCAAUGGACCUUCAUUGAUUUUGGUAUGGACUUGGCAGCCUGUAUUGAAUUGAUUGAAAAGCCCAUGGGUAUCUUGUCCAUCCUUGAAGAAGAAUCUAUGUUCCCCAAAGCCACUGACAAGACCUUUGAAGAAAAAUUGAACACCAACCAUUUGGGUAAAUCACCCAACUUCCAGAAACCCAAACCACCAAAGCCUGGUCAAGUUGCCGCCCACUUCACCUUGGGACAUUAUGCUGGUAAUGUACCAUACAACAUCUCCGGUUGGUUGGAAAAGAACAAGGACCCCUUGAACGACACCGUAGUAGACUUGUUCAAGAAAGGUAGCAACAAAUUGGUAAUUGAAAUCUUCGCUGAUCACCCUGGACAAUCUGGUGGAGCAGCCGAAAAAGGUGCAAAGAGAACCAAGGGUUCUGCUUUCCAAACCGUAUCCAGUUUAUACAGGGAACAAUUGAACAACUUGAUGACCACCUUGAGAUCAACCCAACCUCAUUUCGUACGUUGUAUCAUUCCCAACGAAUUGAAACAGCCCGGUGUUAUUGACUCUCACUUGGUAAUGCACCAGUUGACAUGUAACGGUGUACUUGAAGGAAUCCGUAUUUGUCGUAAAGGAUUCCCCAACAGGAUGGUCUACCCUGACUUCAAACUUCGUUACAAGAUCCUCAACCCAGCUGCUGUUACCAAAGAAAGCGACCCCAAGAAGUGCGCCGCUCUCAUUCUGGAUGCAUCCGGUUUAGAUGCAGAAUUGUACCGUCUUGGUCAUACAAAGGUAUUCUUCCGUGCCGGAGUCUUGGGUCAAAUGGAAGAACUUCGUGACGAACGUCUUAGCAAGAUCGUCACCUGGAUGCAAUCUUGGAUCCGUGGUUACCUCUCGAGAAAGGAAUUCAAGAAAUUGCAAGAGCAACGUUUGGCUCUCCAAGUGUGCCAGAGAAACUUGCGCAAAUACCUCAAGUUGCGUACCUGGCCAUGGUACAAAUUGUGGCAGAAGGUCAGACCACUCCUCAACGUCACCCGUAUCGAGGAUGAAAUUGCUAAACUUGAAGAGAAAGCACAGAAAGCUCAAGAGGCAUUCGAACGUGAAGAAAAGGCCAAGAAGGAACUCGAAGUACUCUAUGCUAAACUUUUGAAAGAAAAGACCGACUUGUUGAGCACUUUGGAAGGCGAAAAGGGAUCUCUCUCUGAAGUCCAAGAAAGGGCCAACAAACUUCAAGCCCAAAAGAACGAUCUUGAAGCUCAACUCUCUGAAACCCAAGAUCGUUUAAGUCAAGAGGAAGAUGCCCGCAACCAACUUAUGCAGCAAAAGAAGAAACUCGAACAAGAAAUGGGCGGUUACAAGAAAGAUAUCGAAGAUUUGGAACUUAACCUCCAGAAAUCCGAACAAGACAAAGCUACCAAGGACCACCAAAUCAGGAACUUGAACGACGAGAUCGCUCACCAAGACGAACUCAUCAACAAGCUCAACAAAGAAAAGAAACUUUCCGGCGAAAACAGCCAGAAAGUAUCCGAAGAACUCCAAGCCGCUGAAGACAAAGUUAACCACCUCAACAAAGUUAAAGCUAAACUCGAACAAACCUUGGACGAACUCGAAGACUCUUUGGAACGCGAAAAGAAACUCCGCGGUGACGUAGAGAAGACCAAACGUAAGGUUGAAGGCGACUUGAAACUCACCCAAGAAGCUGUAGCCGACUUGGAACGCAACAAGAAGGAACUCGAACAGACCAUCCAACGCAAAGACAAGGAAAUCUCAUCCCUCACUGCCAAGCUCGAAGACGAACAAUCCGUUGUAGGUAAACAACAAAAACAGGUUAAGGAACUCCAGGCCCGUAUCGAAGAACUCGAAGAAGAAGUCGAAGCCGAACGUCAAGCUCGUGCUAAAGCCGAAAAACAACGCGCUGACUUGGCCCGCGAAUUGGAAGAACUCGGCGAACGUCUCGAAGAAGCCGGUGGCGCUACUUCAGCUCAAAUCGAACUCAACAAGAAACGCGAAGCUGAACUCUCGAAACUCCGUCGUGACCUCGAAGAAGCCAACAUCCAACACGAAGGCACUCUUGCUAACCUCCGCAAGAAGCACAACGAUGCUGUUUCUGAAAUGGGUGAACAAAUUGACCAACUCAACAAACUUAAGGCCAAGGCCGAAAGAGACCGCGCAAAUAUUUAUUCUGAACUUCAACAAACCCGUGGUGCCGUUGAACAAGUUGGCCGGGAAAAGGCUGCAAUUGAAAAGGUAUCUAAACAAUUAGGACAACAACUUAACGACGUACAAGGUAAACUCGAUGAAACCAACCGCACUCUUAAUGACUUCGAUGCCGCUAAGAAGAAGCUGUCUAUUGAAAACUCUGACCUCCUCAGACAAUUAGAAGAAGCCGAAUCUCAAGUAUCUCAGCUUAGCAAGAUUAAGGUUUCUCUCACCACCCAAUUGGAAGACACCAAGAGAUUGGCCGAUGAAGAAAGCAGGGAACGUGCUACACUUCUUGGCAAAUUCCGCAACCUUGAGCACGACUUGGACAACAUCCGUGAACAAGUUGAAGAAGAAGCUGAAGCUAAGGCUGACAUCCAACGUCAACUCAGCAAAGCUAACGCAGAAGCCCAACUUUGGAGACAGAAAUAUGAAUCCGAAGGUGUCGCUCGUUCUGAAGAACUCGAAGAAGCCAAGAGGAAAUUGCAAGCUCGUCUCGCUGAAGCUGAAGAAACAAUUGAAUCCCUUAACCAGAAGGUUGUAGCCCUUGAAAAGACCAAACAACGUUUAGCUACCGAAGUCGAAGACUUGCAACUCGAAGUCGACCGUGCCAACGCUAUUGCCAACGCCGCCGAAAAGAAACAAAAGGCAUUCGACAAGAUCAUUGGAGAAUGGAAACUCAAGGUUGAUGACUUGGCUGCUGAACUCGAUGCCAGUCAGAAAGAAUGCAGAAACUACUCCACUGAAUUAUUCAGGCUUAAGGGUGCCUACGAAGAAGGUCAAGAACAACUCGAAGCCGUCCGUCGUGAAAACAAGAACCUCGCUGAUGAAGUUAAGGAUCUCCUUGACCAAAUUGGUGAAGGUGGCCGCAACAUUCACGAAAUUGAAAAAGCCAGGAAACGCUUGGAAGCCGAGAAGGAUGAACUUCAAGCCGCCCUUGAAGAAGCUGAAGCCGCUCUUGAACAAGAAGAGAACAAAGUACUCCGCAGCCAGUUGGAACUUUCUCAAGUCCGUCAAGAAAUCGACAGACGUAUCCAAGAGAAAGAAGAAGAAUUCGAAAACACCCGCAAGAACCACCAACGUGCUCUUGACUCCAUGCAAGCCUCCCUUGAAGCCGAAGCUAAAGGCAAGGCUGAGGCCCUUCGCAUGAAGAAGAAGUUGGAAGCUGACAUCAACGAAUUGGAAAUCGCUUUGGACCACGCUAACAAGGCCAAUGCUGAAGCCCAAAAGACCAUCAAACGCUACCAACAACAACUUAAGGACACCCAAACCGCCCUUGAAGAAGAACAAAGAGCCCGUGACGAAGCUCGUGAACAACUUGGAAUCUCCGAACGUCGUGCUAACGCACUUCAAAAUGAACUUGAAGAAUCUCGUACUCUUCUUGAACAAGCUGACCGUGCCCGUCGCCAAGCCGAACAGGAAUUGGGAGACGCCCACGAACAACUCAACGACCUUGGUGCCCAGAACGCUUCAUUGUCCGGUGCCAAGAGGAAAUUGGAAACCGAAUUACAAACCCUCCAUUCUGACUUAGACGAACUCCUCAACGAAGCCAAGAAUUCCGAAGAGAAAGCCAAGAAAGCUAUGGUUGAUGCUGCCCGUCUUGCUGACGAACUCCGUGCUGAACAAGACCAUGCACAGAACCAAGAAAAACUCCGCAAAGCAUUGGAAGCCCAAAUCAAGGACCUUCAAGUACGUUUGGAUGAAGCUGAAGCCAACGCCCUCAAAGGAGGCAAGAAGGCCAUCGCCAAACUGGAACAACGUGUUAGAGAAUUAGAAAAUGAAUUAGAUGGAGAACAAAGGCGGCACGCGGAUGCCCAAAAGAACUUGAGAAAGUCAGAACGUCGCAUUAAGGAACUCAGCUUCCAAGCAGAAGAAGACCGCAAGAACCACGAAAGGAUGCAAGACCUUGUCGACAAACUUCAACAGAAGAUCAAGACAUACAAGAGGCAGAUAGAAGAAGCAGAAGAAAUCGCCGCCUUGAACUUGGCUAAAUUCCGUAAAGCUCAACAAGAGCUCGAAGAGGCCGAAGAAAGAGCCGACCUAGCCGAACAAGCCAUUGCCAAAUUCCGUGCCAAGGGACGUUCAGGAUCCGCAGCUAGAGGAGUAAGCCCAGCGCCGCAGAAACAACAAACGGCAUCACGUUUACCAAUUUCUUUGGAAUAACGUCAUAGUUCAAUACCACAAAAACAGCGCCCCACCUUUGGAAUGGGAGACUCACUUGGUGGCCCAUUCCCCCCAAGAUUCGAUCUUGCACCUGAUUACGAGUGAACAAGCGCUGUGUUAAAAUCCUAAAACGAACUGUUUACAUCGCAGUAUAAAAGAACAAGAUGCGAAUAUACUUUUAUUAAUUUUUUAUUUUCGUUUUUUGAAUAUUAGAGUUGUAUGAUUCCGUUAUAUAUAUUGUAUAUGUAAGAGAAUAGGGAGAACGAAGGGAAUUUCAGAGACACGUACUUACCAUCCACAGCCCUUUGAUCUCUUGUUUCUCAAAAUGCCAAUUAUUUUGUUAUGAACAGUAGGUUGUAAAAUGAUAAUGUAUGUAUGAAAAUGUUGUAUGAUAUAAGGCACCAAUAAACAUAAAAGUUAUAUUGUUUUUGUGUUCUAUACUACUUUUCGCACCAUCAUGAAACAUGAUUUACUUAUAGAUAAUACAGAGUUUAACAAAAAUAUAGGUCAUAAUGAAUUACCAUUAAUUUUAUUAGAUUUGACCACUGCGGUAUCGGUAUCUGUAUCUGUAACGUGUGGAGGGUGGGUUACUACACGACACUGAGCCCUCACUAGACCCAUUGUGAGGCCUCCUAAAUUGAUAUAGGCGCCUCCUAGCUCGUGAGCCACUCUACAGAUACUCGCCGAACACAAAUCUUCUAAUAAAUGAGAGGCCGGGCAAUCGUAGAGAAUAUGUUUGAUGGUCUCAUCUUCAUGUUCGCACUCCCUGAAGAGUGCGGAUUCUGAUAGUUCCAUGAUAUAAAGAUGCUUCCGUACUUGGGGCAAUCACCAGUCAGAAUGGCUAGGAUCAGGCGAAGAUUCUAUCUAUAGUCAUAGUAAGUACCCAAGCAUCUUCCAGGCGAAAAUUCACGCCAUCGAGAAGUGUAUCCAGUUUAACAUCGAAAGAAACUAUCAUAGACAAGAGAUUAUCAUCAUGUCCGAUAGUCAACAAGCAGCCAUCAAAGCGCUGAGUUCUUACGUAAUCAGCUCAAAAAUGGUAUGGAGAUGCCUAGAACAAUUGAAU